AUGGGUCUCGAACAACAAUCUGAUGUGCUUGGAAAAUGGUGUUAUCCCGCGAAGAAAACGUCAGACAGCGGAAAUCGUCGUGUAGUACAUUCUUGUAAGAAGACGAAUCUCAUAAUAGCAUCCACGUUCGAAAGGAAUCGUCGACGCCAUCAGUUUAUGUGGCGAAGGACAACCCCAUUUACGCCAGAAGAGCAGCGCAAGCGGAAGACGAAAACUCUUAAACUACAACUCGACUACGUCUUGACAAGGAACAUCCGCUUGUCGGUUAUCUAG